CAUGGUUGUUUUCGGUAAAGUUUGUAACUUUUAUCUUCUGCUAAGAAAGUAAAUAAAACCCAUUUGAUCAUUUGAUCAUUAUUUCUCUAAACACAACUUAAAUUAUGGAUAAUGGGCUAUGGCCCUGUCAUGACUCAUAUCCAGUGGCAAAGAGAUAAGGCAUUAGGUAGAACUGUAGAAGAGAAAACCAACCAACCAACUAAGUCGGUGCAUUAACGGCCACCAGCGAAGAACGAAGCCUUCUCUCUCUGUCAGUCUCGCUGAGCUGGUUGCAAAAUUGCAAUUGUGACUGAGUGGGUGUAUGGAAACUGGUCCGUAAAACUAAGUUUUGGUCUCAUCAGAAAUGGCAACGGUGGCAGUGGCACCACGUGUCCCCUUGGCGAUCUCAAAUAAUAAUUGUAGAUUUAGCAACAGUCGCAGCGUCCGUCAAUGUCAUAAAUGUAGUUGGGUGGCACAUCCAGAAAGUUCGAGCCUUUCUUUUCAUUAUUCGACUUCAUUUUCUGCUUCAUCCUUGUUUGUCGAGAGAAGGGUGAGAAAGGGUUUUAGGAGUGUAGGAGUGGUCACAAAGGCGAUGGCGGAUUUGGGUCCAAGCACAGUCCUUGUCACUGGAGCUGGUGGUAGAACUGGUAAAAUAGUUUAUCAGAAGUUAAAGGAGGCAGACCAGUAUGUUGCUAGGGGUCUGGUUAGGACAGAAGAGAGCAAAGAGAGCAUUGGUGGAGCAGAUGAUAUUUUUACUGGAGAUAUAAGGGAUGCCAACAGCAUUCUACCUGCAAUUCAAGGCAUUGAUGCUCUCGUUAUCCUUACAAGUGCUGUGCCAAAGAUGAAACCUGGAUUUGAUCCAACCAAAGGUGGGAGGCCUGAAUUCUAUUUUGAAGAUGGGUCAUAUCCUGAACAGGUUGAUUGGAUUGGACAGAAAAACCAAAUAGAUGCUGCUAAGGCUGCGGGAGUGAAGCAAAUUGUGUUAGUUGGUUCUAUGGGUGGAACAGAUAUUAAUAAUCCCCUCAAUAGCUUGGGUAAUGGGAAUAUAUUGGUUUGGAAGAGGAAGGCUGAGCAGUAUUUGGCUGACUCUGGUGUUCCAUACACAAUCAUAAGGGCUGGAGGCCUGCAAGAUAAAGAAGGCGGUAUCCGUGAACUACUGAUUGGAAAGGAUGAUGAGCUUCUGAAGACAGAAACAAGAACCAUUGCCAGAGCUGAUGUUGCAGAAGUCUGCAUUCAGGCACUACAGUUUGAGGAGGCCAAGUUUAAAGCAUUUGAUUUGGCCUCAAAGCCCGAGGGAACUGGGACACCAACCAAGGAUUUCAAGGCGCUAUUUUCGCAGAUCACUACUCGGUUCUGAUUUUCUCAGAUACCUUGUUGGUCUGGGAAUAAUAUUAUAUCCUAUCAAGUUUUAUUUUAGAACAUCUACUUUCAGUUUUGGAUUGUAAUGCCAAAGAGAAGAUUUCCCUUUAUGGGUGUAUUUUUUUUCCUGGGAAAGAAUGGCAGAAAAUAAACUAGCAUAUUAAGAUGUUUAUCAGUGAAACAAUGUUAAAGAGUAUGCA